AUGGCCUCGAGUUCGUCGACGGCAGCAGAGAAUGCCCCUCUAUUGGGCUACAUUGGCGGGCACAAGAAACCUGGCUCUUCCUCCAACGAAUCCCAUGAAGAAAUACCUCAGGACGAUGCCUUGCUGCGGCGCACCGAUGCGGCGACGACUCGAUCUCCGGGCGUGGCCCGCAUGGCCUUGAUAUCCUCCCGACUCACGACCUCGCAGCGAAUCCUCCUCUUCGCCAGCAUCUUCCUCGUGGGAUAUGCCUACGGCCUGGAGUCCCAGGUUCGCUCAGCCUACCAGCCAUACGCUACCGCCAGCUUCAACCUCCACUCAUACCUGGCCACCAUCAACGUGCUGCGGGCUGUCGUCGCUGUGGCUGUCCAGCCGACGGCGGCCAAGAUCGCCGAUGUCUUUGGACGGUUCGAGGUGGUGGUAGUAUCGACGGUAUUAUAUACAGUGGGAAUUACGAUCGAGUCGACAGCGAGUGGUGUCAAGACGUUCUGCCUUGGCUCGAUUAUAUACCAGGUGGGAUACACGUGCAUCGUGCUGUUGAUGGAGGUGCUGGUCGCCGACUUCUCGUCUAUGCGAGCGCGCGUCUUCUUCAGCUACAUUCCCGCCAUCCCAUUCAUCGUCAAUACGUGGAUCAGUGGUAAUGUUACAUCUGCUGUGCUUAGUGUCACGACAUGGAGAUGGGGUCUUGGCAUGUGGGCAAUUAUCUAUCCUAUUGCGUCCUUGCCGCUCCUGAUUACGCUUUAUCGGAUCGAGCACCGCGCAUUUGACGACGAGGAUGGCGCAUAUCGCCAGAAGCGAUAUGAUAUGAUUGACGUCAAACACAUGCUUUUCCAGCUCUUCCACCAGCUCGAUGUCAUUGGUCUCAUCCUGAUUAUGGUUUCUUUCUCGCUGAUUUUGGCACCCCUUACCAUCACUGGAGAGAGGAUUGACCACUGGAAAGAUCCGCACAUCAUUGUUCCCCUCACCGUCGGUCUUUUGCUGGCCCCUGUCUUUUUCCUGUGGGAGCACAUGGGCGCGAGAUCACCUUUGGUGCCGUUCCAUCUGCUCACUGACCGAGGUGUGUGGGCUGCGCUCGCGGUCAGAAGUCUGCUCAACUUUGCUUGGUACACGCAGGGCAACUAUCUUUACACUGUCCUCGUCGUUGCUUUUGAUUUCUCUGUUGUCACAGCCACCCGCAUUCUGUCAUUCUUCUCCUUCUUCGGUGUUGUUAGCGGUGUUCUGAUCGGCCUGGUCAUCUACAGGCUACGUCGGCUCAAGUACAUAAUAGUCGCGGGUACGUGCAUGUUCAUGGUGGGCUUCGCUGUUCUUAUCAAGUUCCCCGGCGGAGCUUCCCCCUCAACCCAGUCGGGCGUCAUCAGCGGGCAGAUCCUUUUAGGUCUGGCGGGUGGCCUGUUCGCCUACCCGACGCAGGCCUCCAUCCAGGCUUCGGCAACGCGAGAGCAUGUCGCUAUCCUUACGGGGCUGUAUUUGUCCUUCUACAACGUCGGCAGCGCACUCGGCACGUGUUUAGCUGGAGCGAUCUGGACACAGACCCUCCUCCCAACCUUGACAGCGAACUUGGACUUCCAACAAAACAAGACUCUUCCCGAGGCCAUCUAUGACUCCCCAUUCGGCGUGAUUAAGCACUACCCGGUGGGCACUGAGAUCCGCACCGCCAUUAUUGCGAGUUACGAGCAUGUACAGCGCCUGCUCUGCAUUGCUGGCAUUGUGGUGUGUGUGCCGAUGAUCGCAUUUGCCUUGGCGUUGCGGAACCCGAGAUUGUCUGAGCACCAGGUACAGCCUGAGGCUGAGGCGGCAGCAGCUGCUGAGAGGGAGAGUGAGUCACGACGUCAUGCUACAAUUGAGGCGUGA